AUGGCACAAGCAGUGCGCCGCAAGGCCAACGAGACCAACGGCCACGCAAACGGAAAUGCGCAUCACCGUCUAGACGAUGCGGUGCACUCGAUUGAGCAGAAGCUGGAAGAGCAGGCCGAGCUGCAUGCGCGGAAUCCGCAAGAGCAGAAAGAAGCGGGGUUGUUCCAGCUGGUCAUUUGUGUCGCUGGUAUCUACGGAAGCUUCAUGACAUGGGCAUGGAUCCAAGAGCGCCUAACGACGACGAGCCACGGCCCUCGAAACGAGCGCUUCACCUACUCCAUCUUCCUCAACACGGUGCAGUCUGCCUUCGCCGCCAUAACGGGUCUCGCAUACCUCUUUCUGUCCGCGUCCAAGGACCCCAAGACGGGCGUGCGCAAAGUCCUACCCAUCUUCCCCUCGCGCGCCAUUCUCGUGCCCCUCCUCGGCAUCGCCAUCACCUCGUCGCUCGCCUCGCCCUUUGGCUACGCAAGCCUCAAGCACAUCGACUACGUGACGUUUAUCCUCGCUAAGAGCUGUAAACUGCUGCCCGUAAUGUUCCUGCAUAUCUCGCUCUUUCAGAAGAGGUACCCGCUGUAUAAAUACGCCGUCAUCGGCUUCGUGACGCUCGGCGUUGCCGUCUUUACGCUGUACAGCCCGUCGACUGCGAAGAAGGCCGCGAAGAAAAGCGGUGCUGUGAACGCUGAGGCGUCCCAGACAAUCGGUCUUGUGCUGCUAGGCGUGAACCUGCUCUUCGACGGCCUCACGAAUACCGUCCAAGACCACAUCUUCACCACAUUCAAGGGCUUUACCGGUCCCCAGAUGAUGUGCGCGCAGAACAUCAUGUCCACGGCGCUAACCGUCUCGUAUCUGCUUAUCACGCCUCUGCUUGCGUCGACUCCGCUUGCGGCUUCGCUUGGCCUUGCGACCGACGAACUCUCGUCUGCUCUCAACUUCAUCACUACGUAUCCCUCUGUCGGCUGGGACGUGCUCAUGUUUUCCGCGUGCGGCGCUAUCGGCCAGGUUUUCAUCUUCCACACCCUCGCCCAUUUCAGCAGUCUCUUGCUGGUUACGGUUACCGUGACCAGGAAGAUGCUCACAAUGGUCUGGAGCGUCUGGUGGUUUGGACACGAGAUUACAAGCAUGCAGUGGGUCGGUGUUGGACUUGUGUUUGGUGGCAUUGGUGCUGAGGCCGCCAUGGGCAGGAGGGAGAAGGCCAAAAAGGCUGCUGCUAAGAAGGCGGAGAUGGAGAAGAAGAGGUAG